UGUUCUCGUAAUCAAAGUUUGAAAGGUCUUAACGAAUUUCGUUCUAUUUAAAUUUUGAAAAGCCGAAUGUAUGUAAAAGAUAACUGUGGUGUACCUGAGUAUUUUAAAGUUGCGAACAUUCUUGUGAAUGUAAAUUUCGUUACUGAAUAUACGUAAUAUUUUUAACGUUGCUGCACUCGUAUUUCUAUGCACUGUAUUUCAUCUCUUCGUGAUUGAACAAAGAAAUCGAAAUAAACACCAUGGGCUUCAAGAAGUCGACUAAAGCGUCAGCUGAUCAACCUGAGCCAAGCAAAUUGAUCAGAAGUCAGUUUAAAGAUGUUAUGGUCAAAGUCGAGGACGACGUUUACUACCUAGAUCGACUGCCAUUAGCUUUAAAAUCUGGAUAUUUCGAGAAAUUAUUUGCCCGAGGUGAAAGCGACUUAAUAGUAAUCCCUCAGAUGGAUAGUGCUAUAUUUUCCGCCGUAGUUGAAUGGUAAAAGUUUGGAAUCCGUCAUGAUUGGCAAUACGAUCGAUAAUUUUGUAUCUUUGGUGACGGCUAUGGAUCAUCUACAAAUGAACAUCGAUACAGAAACUUAUAAAUCUUUCGUUACUGAAGAGUUAGGUUCCAGCAGACCCUUCAAUAAAGAUAUAUUCAAAUUAUAUAACUUCAUUAGGGAUAAUGCGAAGUACGAGUAUUUAUUUCCAGCUGUUUUUAAACAUCUGUCAGAUCAUUUAGAAGAACUGGAAGACCGCGAUGAACUUCUAUCAAUCAAGCCUGAUCAUUUCACUCAAAUUAUUACGCACCAAAAUCAGCUUGAAAUCAAGGGAUUGGAUGAAACGUUUUAUCCAUUCAGAAUGAUCAGUGAAAUCUGUGCCAGAUGGAUCUGCCACGAUUUGGAAAAUCGAUCGCAACAUGCGUUAGAACUGGUGAAUGCUGCUAGAUACAGAUUUUCCCUUUCGAAUAUGAUUGCUGAGGAAGAAUUCAGUUUACCGUUGUCCAGCAACAUCAAGCAUAUGGAUCAAAAUUCAAUUUCGAGGUAUUUCUGUAAAUGGUUGAUGUAUUUUGGAGAAAUUCGUCGUUCAAAACCUGUUGCCGCGGAAACACUUCAGGACGAAUAUCACGAAGAUGAGAAAAAAUACGCGGGAUUCCAUUUUGAUCCACCAUACGAAUUCAGUAGUGAACCGAAGUUGAAAACGUUUCUAAAAAACAACGACUACUACGAUAUCACAGUCAAAGUUGGUGACAAAAUGUACAAACUUCAUCGGCCAAUAUUGCAAUCGGAGUCAUGGUAUUUCAAUGAACUAUUUUCGAAAGAGUACUCCGCGUUAGCUGCAAAAUCUGAUGGAAUACCGACACUUCCGAGUAAAGAUAAAGUUUACACCAUCGAUGACAUCGAUUCAACAACAUUCGACUUGGUAGUCGAUCAUAUGUAUUUGGGAAACGUAGAACCUACUCAGGAAAUUGUCCUUCCCCUAUUCAAGGCCGCCCACUCGUUGAAAAUUUAUAGUUUGAGGAAUUCUUGUAGUAGAUGGAUGAAGGAAAAUUACGACCAGAUGAACGUCGAAGAUGUGGUUGAAGUAUUGAAUUUCACUCAUGAAAACAUCGAAUACGAAGAUUUGAAUCGAUUUUUCGUAUCCAAAUAUAUCGUCGAUUCGUGGCCUAAAGUAGCGAACUUGCCACAAUUCGCAGAUCUUUUCAAGGCAAUCGUCCUUCCUGAAGGAGCUGAUUCGUGUGAAAAUAGAGUGUAUGCGUUUGAUGAAAUUGAUCGAGAGACAUUCAAAACGAUUAUCGAUUAUCUCUACUUCAAUAAAGAAGACUUACAGGAAAAUAAUAUUGCUCGAGUGUUUAGAGCGAGCGAUAUGUUCAAAAUAGAAAAAUUAAUCAAAGAAUGUGUGAAACGUUUGUUGUCCUGGCCGAAAAAAAUGAGUCCCGCACAUGUCAAAGAAGUUUUGAAUGUUACUCUAAAGAAUGUUAAAUAUUACGAAGUUUUAAAUACGGUGUACCUAGCAGAACACAUGAACCAGUGGCCUCAGGUAGACAUCGAUUAGUUCUGUACGAUUUCUUUCGACUGCUUGGAGAAUAUGUUGAUAUCACAUAAUUUACAUUUCGAUGACCCCCACGUACUGCUGGAUAUUUGCUCAAAAUGGGUUAUGCAUGAUGUGGAAAAUCGAUAUCGCCUCAUACCUCGAAUCGCUCUCGCCAUAAGUCGAAACCGCGCAGCAAACUGUGACGAUUAUUCUAUCACGAAUCCUCCAAAUUGGAAAGAAUGCUCGCAGGAUUAUGUUAAAGAUAAGAUCCUGGAAGUGUUAUUAUCAACUUCUAUACUCCCUGCGCUAUCAUCAGCUGAAGAUUUAAUAAAAUUUCGAAAAAUUGAACUUCCUGUUUUCAUCAAAUCGAAUAUAGGAAGUUCAUUCAGCCUCCUUAACGCCGAUUGGGACGAAAUGGUUUCAUUUCGCCUUGGUGAAAAUAUUGUAGAUGUGACUAAAAAAUCUUUUCAUUACACGAAGUACCCCAUGUCAGCAACCAUAAUGAAUGAUAACUUGUUCAUACUUUGUUGUAUGCGCGAAAGUUCCUUCUUUUACGUGUACAAUUUAUCUUCCCAUAAGAUAUUCUCUUUGGCAUCAGAUCCUCGGAUUUUUAAGGAAGUGGAACUAGACCAAAGCACAAUAAAAUUAGAUUGUACAUUGCUGAAUUGCCGCAACGAUAUUUACUGUUGUCGUGAAGAUGGUCAAGUACUGAAAUAUUUGGACGAAUUUAAUCGUUGGAUGAAUAUUUCAGCUCCUGAGCCGAAUAAAUUUGAAAUUCGCUUCGCAAGUGACGGCAAUAAGUUAUUUAGGAUGUUUGAAACUGAGGACAUACCUAUUAAAAGCACUUACAGUGUGGAAUUUUACGAUAUUGAACAAAAUCUAUGGGUUUCUAUGCCUUUGUAUGGUCUUACACUCUAUCACGAUCCAGAAUUCAAUUAUGGGCAAUAUCGCGAGUUGCAGGAUCUCGUUUUCUUGAACAAUUAUGGCUUAGCUGCACUAUUCGAAGAAUACAUACUGAUAUUCAACCAGGAUACGCGUACUUGGAAAACGAUUUUUCCAUUGCCAUGCGGCAGCGUAGGUGUACCCAUAGAACGUAAGUUUGUUAACCAAAACCGAUCUGAUGAAAUGUUGUUCGUGUAUACCAAUCAAUUAUACAAGUUCUCUCCAGCGAAUAAAAGUUGGGAAUUGAGAAAAGAAUUGCCUGUGAAUUGCGAAUCUCUGGAGUCCCGUAAACAUUCCAUUUAUGGAAAUAUGAUCGGUAUUCAUACUCCUAAACCUAACAAUUUCCUAUCUUUUCGUAGUUUUUCAAGCAUGGCUCCUAGUUCGCGGUCUCUAUUCACUAGAGCUGUUCAUUUGAGUGGAGAGUUGAGAGGAUCUCAUUUUCAAAGUGCCCCAGCUCGGGCUCUCGUUUCGAUUGGGCUACUCGCUAGGGCUUUCUUUUGAAUGUGCUCCGUAUUGUUAUACAUAUAGAAUUAUCGUCGUUCUUCCAUAAUAGGUUAUUUUGGUUUGUGAAGAUAUACAAGUACUUAGGCACUCUUAAUCUUUUUAUCGUAUUUAAAUACCCAUUCUCUAUUAUUUUAUAGUUCAGUACAAUGUUGUAUUUUUAUGAUUUGGUAUUCAAGUUCGAAGUAGGUACAUACCUAGUUUUAUGUUUAAAAACUGUACUUCGAAAUUUACUGAAAAUAAACUAUCAAAGUUAUGUU